AUGCAGAACUUACAGUCGUACAUCGACGGGCUCCCUGUGCAGCUCCAGACGAAGGUCUCUGCCUUGACUUCGUUCCCGUCUCUCACCGAAACUAUCCCCACCACCGUCGCCAGCUAUGCCACGAUCACGUCCAUCCUGCAGCAGGCCCGAGCCAACCAAAUCUCCGCCUACCACGCCCUCCAGGUGGUGACGAACUCGGUGUCAACCAUCAGCUUGGUCAACGACAUCAUCCAGGCCCAGGCCACCGUGCAGUAUUACAGCUACCUGGAGGAGGCUGCCACAGCCACAAACUCCGCCGUCAAGGCGUCCCUCAUGACCGAGGCCGUGAGGGCCUCGGAGGUCAUGUUCGACAUGUUCAACGACGAAGCCUUUUACAAGGGUAACUACCCCUCUCUUGGCGGUAACAUCGCCCUCUUGGUGGUGUACUCCUUCUUUUUCGCUCUCCAGGUUAUCUCCGGUGUCUUCUACCACCAGUGGUGGUUCUUGACAUGCUGGUCCUGCGGCAUGGCACUCGAGGUCUUGGGUUACGUCGGCCGUAUCUGGUCCCACGAAAACAUCCAGAACUUUGACGCUUUCGUCAUGCAGCUUGUCUGCUUGACUCUCGCCCCCUGUUUCAUGAUGGCCGGGAUUUACUACGUCAUCGCCCAGUUGACCCUCAUCUUCGGCCAGAAGUUCUCUGUCUUGCGGCCAAUGCAGUACUCCCUCAUCUUCAUCAUCUGUGAUAUCAUAUCCAUCAUCCUCCAGGCCGUUGGGGGUGGUGUGGCCGCGGGCGCAUUGUCCGUGUACCAGUCGACCCAGCAGGGCUCUAACAUCAUGGUCGGUGGCUUGGCCUACCAGGUCUUCACCAUUGCUCUUUUCCAGUUCUUUUGGUACCUCUUCUUUUUCAGAGUGUACAGGAGUUACAAGAAACACGGAGAUGCAGAAUUCAACCCGGACUUCGCCCAUAUUCGACAAAGGAAGUUUUUGAUACCGUUCAUAUGUGCGGUUUCUUUUGCCGUCGUGUUGAUCUUUGUCAGAUCUAUCUAUAGAUUGAUUGAGCUUGCAGAAGGUUGGUCCUCCACUUUGGCCGUCGACGAAAUUUACUUCAUGAUCUUGGAGGCGCUGAUGGUCUCUUUGGCAAGUUGUGUGCUCUCAUUCAUGAGUCCCGGUCUUGCAUACGGUAGACACUCGCACAUCUACCUCGACAAGUCACUCAAGGCGACCUUCAGCAAGCACUACACCGCUGGCGAACAAGACAGUAGCAACGAGAAGGACGUUUCCCUGAACUCAGAUGGUCUGGACCUAGAAACCGAAGACAACAAUGACGACGCUGCCUUUUAUGAGACCCACAACGGUUCCAACAUGAACUCGGGAGGUGGAUAUCAGUUUGAUGAUCAGCGCACGCACGUAGAUGACCCGUAUGAGCAUGGCGCAAAUAAUGCAUGA